GCUCGGGUGAAACUAAUAGAAAAUUCGAAAUAUGUGGCUUUCUACACCUGCGAUACACUUCAGCCUGGAUUUUUCAUAAAUGACCGUGGUGACCAUCAAACCCUUAGCAGAAAGCUAGCAACCGGAGAGCAGGAAAUUUUCAUUGACAGCUACAAGAAGGGCAAUGCUCAAGUCUACCUACAAGUUCCAUCUACUGUGCCUUCUUUCGACACUUGUCCGAUAGUCAAAGUUGAAUAUCUAUUGGAUAUCAAACUUGAAACAAAUGGAACUUUGAAUAGCAAAGUUGAAGACACUUGUCCGAUUAUAGUGGGUACGGUACCUGUAGAUACAGCCAACAAGGAUGUGCAACCAUCUGCUCCUCCUCUUGACUCUCCUGCACCUUCGGCCGUUGAACCUUCUGCUCCUCCACUGGAAAAAUCAGAAACUCCAGUUUCUCCCCAACCUUCUAUAACUCCAUUAUAUCCACAACUACCUCCCAGCUAUGAGGAGUCAGUGAAUGGUGCUGGUGCUACCUCGUUGGACGUAGACGAUACGGAGCGAUUUGUUCCACGCUACCCGUUCUAUCCCGUAUUGUCUGAGGUCUCAAAGGAUGGAAAAUAA